UGCAGCAAGCAGUCGGGGCUUAAAGCUGAGCCCUCUACACACCUCCCCACCCACACAGACACAAAGAGAAGAGGGAAGAGCAGCAAGUCCCUCCAACACUCAGCCAUGAGUAGCAUCGGAUAUGACCCCUACUAUGCCUCCUCGUUGUACAAACACCUGUAUGUGGAGCCCACCUCUCGGGUGGUGGUGAGAGGGAGGACCCAUGCCGGCUACUCUUCCCGUGCGUCCCCUCAAUCUUCCUCCCGUCUGCAGUACUCCUCCCCCAGCCGGGUGUUGUUCUCCUCUUCCUCCCCGGCCUCUUCCUUGGAGCGGGAGCUCAGCCAGGCAGCCCAGAUCAGCUCCGACUUCCGAGCCGUACGCACACAGGAGCGCGGCCAGCUGCAAGAACUCAACGACCGCUUUGCAGGCUUCAUCGAGAGGGUGCGUGAGUUGGAGCAGCAGAACCGUGCUCUGGAGGCAGAGCUGCUGCUGCUGCGACAAAGGCAUGCUGAGCCAUCUCGUCUCAGAGCACUGUACGAGCAAGAGGCCAGAACUCUGAGAGCGGCUGUGGAUGAAGCAAGAGCAGAGCAGCAGACUGUCCUUGGCCAAAGGGAGAGGCUGGAACAAACCCUGAAUUCACUGCAGGGUCGAUAUGAGGAGGAGAUGUUGGCUCGGGAAGAGGCUGAGGGCAAGCUGAUGGAGGCCCGUCGCGAGGCAGAUGAGGCCGCCUUAGGAAUGGCCGAGCUGGAGAAAGGUGUUGAAACCCUGCUGGACGAAUUGACCUUCCUCAAAAGGAUCCAUGAGGGGGAGGUGGCUGAACUUCAGGCUCAGGUCCAGCUGGGGGUCCAGGUAGCAGUUGAAUCUGAAGCUGCUGCUCCGGAUCUGUCCGGCGCUCUCAGGGACAUCCGAUCCCAGUACGAGAGGCUGGCUGCAAGGAACAUGCAGGCGGCUGAGGAGUGGUUUAGGGGGAAGGUGGGCUCCCUGACGGAAACUGUGGCUCAGCACAGCAGUGCAGUUAAAAGUUCAAAGGAUGAAGCAGGAGAGUACCGCCGUCAGCUGCAGGCCCGCAUACUGGAGAUUGAUGCAUGCAGAGGCCUAAAUGUGUCCCUGGAGAAGCAGCUGCACGAGAUGGAGGAGAAGCAGAGUGCAGAGAUAGCUGCUAUGCAUGACACAAUUGGAGAGUUGGAGAAUGAGCUGAGGGGCACCAAACAGGAAAUGGCACGCUACCUCAAGGAGUACCAAGACCUGCUGAAUGUCAAAAUGGCUUUGGAUAUCGAAAUCGCAGCAUACAGGAAGCUUCUGGAAGGGGAGGAGUCUCGCUUCAGUGUUGGGGUUCCUGGGGGCGUGGCCUCCCUGUACAGCCACAGUAUGGUGGCACACUCCUUUGCCCGGCCCAUGCUCUCCAGUCUGAGCUCUGGCACCUCAUACCUGAUGACCUCCCGCCUGCUUAGCUCCAGCACCACUGAGGGCAUAAUCUCUGCCAGCCACGCCCAGCAAGCAGAGGCCAGCCCCCCUGCAGAGGAAGAGGAGGAGGAAGAGGAGGCUGAGGAGGUAAAGGGAGAAGAGGAGGAGGAGCAGGAAGAAGAGGAGGGUGGAGAAGAGCAGAAAGAAGAAGAGGAAGAGGAGCAGGAGGAGAAAGAAGAGGAAGAAGAGGGUGGAGAGCAGGAGGAGAAAGGAGAAGAGGAAGCGAAGGAGGAAGAUGAAGAGGUUAAAGAGGAAGAAGGUGGUGAUGGAGAGGAGCAAAAUGAAGAUGUUGAACAGGCUGAGGGAGAGAAGGACGAGAAAGAUGAAGGAGGAGAUGCAGAAGAACAAGAGGAGGAAAAAACAGCAGCAACAGAGGAUGAAGAUGAAAAGGCCAAAGAUGGAGAAAAAGAGGAGAAGGGAGAAUCUAAAGACAGCGAAGAGAAAGAGGUGAAGGAAGAAUCAAAAAAGAGUGAAGAGAAAGAGGAAAAGGGAGAAUCCAAAAAGAGUGACGAGAAGGAGGAGAAAAAAGAAUCUAAAAAGAGCGAAGAGAAAGCCGAGAAGGCUGAUGCCAAGAAGGAGGACAAACCUGAUGUCAAAGAAGUUGCUCCAAAGAAAGACGACGCCAAAAAGGAGAAAGUCGAAGAAAAAACAGCCAAACCCGAGCCUGCUGAAGAGAAAAGCACAACAGGGAAAAAGUAAAUUCUUUGGUUGCGACUGUGAAAAUCUCAGCUCAUUAAUCAGAUAAGACAAGAUAAGACGCUGGCAAUGCUGCUUGGUAACAUGGUGCUCAAUAAAACAGUCUGAUAGCCAUUUACAGCAACAAGUCAAUCUAAACUGCUUCCCAAUAUCAAGAAUAAACCAUUAAAGUCUGACUGCACAGUUCCUCAUGUCUGUAAGAUGUAUAACUGCUGAAUGCUAACUUGAGUGUUUGUGUUUUGGGUGAAUAAAUAAAGAAAUGCCUCUUGAC